CAUAAGAAACAUCAUCAUAGCACAACAUAACCCAUAACCGUUUAUGUAACGAGAUAUUUUCUGACUGAUCGACAUCAAAAGUUUUUAGCAAAUUUAAGCUUUUAUUUGUAUUCCCUCAAGUCGUUCUCGAAUAUUUUGAAACCAUCAUGGAUAAAGAAAAUGAUGAAACAGACAAUAGGAUCAUGCUUUUUGGAAGAGAUGUUUCAACAAUUCCAUGUUUUCGCAACAGUUGGCUCUAUGGUAUAUCAAGUGGUAUCGGAAGCGGUUUGCUUUACUUUUUGUUCACAAGUAAGCCUAAAGUAGCUACUCACUUUGGUUUCACUUCUACCAUGAUUGUAACAGGAGCAUAUUGGGUCAUCUGCCGUUAUCAGUAUGAAAAACAAGUUGAGGAGUUGAAAAAGAUAAAGGAUUACGUAGAAAAGAGAGUUCUGAUUGAGGGGACAGAAAUGGAAAAACUGUAUGAAUCUGAAGCAGCCAAAGAUAUUGAAAUAGCCAACGUUAGCAACAUAAUGAAAUAAAGUUGCCCAAUG